AUGGGCCGCUGGUUCCUGUGGAGCGUGGCGCUGGAGCUGCAGGGCCCGGUGCUGGUGGUGGAGCCGCCGGCGCGCCUCGAGUUCUCCAACAGCUCCGGCGCGCGGCUGGAGUGCGCGGCGCACGGGUCGCCGCCGCCGCGCCUCUCGUGGCUGCUGGCCGACGGGUCUGCGGCGCCGCCCGUCGCCGGCCUGCGGCUGCCGCACGACAACGGCUCGCUCGAGUUCCCGCCCUUCCCCGCCGACCGCUACCGACACGACGUGCACUCGGCGCGCUACCGCUGCAGGGCCGCCAACGCCCUCGGCACCGUGCUCUCCAGGGACGUGCUCGUGCGAGCAGUGGUGAAGCAGAAGUACGAGGUGCAGGUGUACGACGAGUACGUGAUCAGCGGCAACACGGCGGUGCUGCGCUGCCAGGUGCCCAGCUACGUGGCCGAGUACGUGAUGGUCACCUCGUGGCUGCAGGACGGCGCCGUCAACAUCUACCCCAACACCGACACCGGAGGAAAGUAUGCCGUCUUGGAGAGCGGGGACCUUUACAUCUUCAACGCGGGUCCCAGCGACGGCUACAAGAGCUACUCGUGUCGCAGUGUGCACCGGCUAACUGGCGAGGUGCGAGCCAGUGCAUAUCCGGGACGCAUCAUCAUCACAGAACCGAAGGGAAGUGUGCAGCCCAGGAUAACUGUCGAGAAACACGUCAACAAGCAGGUCAAGGUGGGCGACGACGUCAUACUGCCCUGUGUCGCUCAAGGGUUUCCAGUUCCUACCUAUAGGUGGUUUAGAGAAGAUAAUGAUCAGCUACAACCUAUGGCUGUUGGUGAUCGUGUGAGUGUGCUAGCUGCAGGUUUAAUGCGAAUCAGCAAAAUACGUCUUGAGGACCAGGGAAAAUAUUUAUGUUGGGUAAACAACUCAGCAGGUGAAGAAACUGUGCAAGUAACACUUACAGUGACAGCUCCUCUCUCAGCACAUGUACAGCCACAGUCACAAGUUGUGGAUGUAGGAAAGGAAGCAUCAUUCAUGUGCAUUCCUGGUGGAUAUCCCAUAACAAGAGUUUCUUGGUAUAGGAAUGGGAAACCUAUUGUACCUGACUCAAGGUUUGAGAUAACUUCAUCACCUGAGAAAUUAUCUGUUAAGCCACUCCAGAAGGAAGACCAUGGGAUGUAUCAGUGUUUUGUGAGCAAUGAAUGGGACAUGGCUCAAGCAACAGCAGAACUUCAGCUUGGAGAUGCUAGCCCAGAACUGCUGUACUGGUUUGCUGAACAGACUCUACAACCUGGCCCAGCUGUAUCUUUAAAAUGUGUUGCAACAGGGAAUCCACCACCACAGUUCAUAUGGACCCUGGAUGGAUUUCCAGUACCAGAUAGUCCCAGGUUUUUAGUUGGACAGUAUGUUACUGUUCAUGAUGAUGUCAUUAGCCAUGUAAAUAUCUCAAAUCUGAAGGAAGAGGAUGGUGGAGAAUACACAUGUACUGCCAAGAAUUCAGUUGCUCAAGUUUCACACAGUGCUAGAAUUAAUGUCUAUGGUUUGCCAUUUAUACGAAUAAUGCCAAAGAUAACUGCUGUGGCUGGAAGUGAUUUGGUUAUAAAGUGCCCUGUUGCUGGUUAUCCUAUAGAGUCAAUUGUCUGGGAGAGAGAUGGAAAUAUACUUCCCAUGAAUCGUAGGCAGAGAGUGUAUCCUAAUGGUACCCUAAUAAUAGAACAUGCCCAAAGGCAAGCAGAUGCAGGCACAUACACAUGUCAAGCACAAAACAGGCAGAAACACACAGCUCGAAGGGAUGUUGAAGUACAGGUUCUUGUGCCACCAAAGAUCUUGCCUAUUCAAGCUAUGACAAAUCUUUUACGCGAAGGCAUGAGAGCAGCAAUUUCCUGUCAGAUACUUGAAGGAGAUCUACCUAUAACAUUCCGUUGGGAACGUAAUGGGCAACCUGUUACAAACUCGGAUGAUGGUAUAUCAACCCGUCGCCUGGACGAAUAUUCGACAUCGCUGGUUAUAGAACGAAUAACUUCAAAACAUACUGGGAACUAUACUUGUGUCGCUCACAAUGUUGCUGGCUCUGAGAGUUUCACAGUUCCACUGACAGUGAAUGUACCACCACAUUGGACAGUAGAACCAACUGACGCAAAUGUUGCCUCUGGUCAAGAUGUUACAUUGCACUGCCAAGCUGAUGGCUACCCGGUUCCUAGUAUUACAUGGAGAAAAGCAGUUGGUUCACAUCCUGGUGAAUAUAAAGAAUUUCUAUAUGAACCAAACGUAAAUUUUUACCGUAAUGGUUCACUUGAGUUCUUACACAUAAGCAAAGACAGUGAAGGAUACUACUUAUGUGAAGCUAAGAAUGAGGUUGGAACUGGAGUCAGCAAAGUCAUAUUUCUGAAAGUUAAUGCUCCGGCAUACUUUCCACAGAAAUCAAAACAAAUGCAAGUGGAGAAGGGUGAGCAGGCACAUCUUCAGUGCACGGCUCUAGGUGACACACCAAUUGAUAUUAUGUGGAAGGUAGGAGGAAAGCGCAUAGCUGAUGACAUGGACCAAAGGUAUACAAUAAGAGAACAGAAACUGGAUGAUGGCAUGGUCUCUGAGUUAGGAAUCUCUCGCACAUAUCGCCAUGACACUGGAGUCUUCUCAUGUUAUGCAAGUAAUUCAUAUGGGCAAGAUGAAAUGGCAAUACAGCUCAUUGUUCAAGAGGUUCCUGAAAUGCCAAAAAAUAUUCGUGUCAAUGAUCAGCAAAGUCGAUCUCUACAGCUUUCGUGGACACAACCUUAUGCUGGAAAUAGCCCAAUAACAAGCUACACAAUUCAGUACAAACUGGUAUCAGAAACCUGGCAGACACAGCCAUUAAAAAUUACCGUGCCUGGAACACAAACCUCAGCUACAGUACAAAAUCUUAACCCAGCAAGCUCUUAUCAUUUUCGAAUAAUGGCUGAGAAUAGACUUGGCAUGAGUGAUCCUAGUGAAGUCAUCCAGGUGACAACACAAGAGGAAGUUCCAACUGGAGUUCCACAAGAUGUUCGUGCUGAAGCUAGAAGCUCUACAGAGCUGUUUGUUACAUGGGAGCCACCACUGAGAGAACACUGGAAUGGGAAUCUUCUUGGUUACUACGUUGGUUAUCAAGAACAACCAUCAUUCAUUCCAUCAUCUCCAUCACCAUCUCCUACAAGUCACAACUAUAGCCUUAAAACUGUGGAAGUUGGUACUCAGUAUGGUGGUGAAGCUACUCUUCAAGGACUCUCGAAAUUUACCACAUAUACAAUUAUUGUUCAAGCUUACAACAGUCGAGGAGCUGGCCCAGCUUCAGAUCCUAUAACAGUGAAGACCCUAGAGGAUGUACCAAGCCUUCCACCAGAAAAUGUGCAGUGUUCUGCACUAACCUCUCAGAGCUUGGAAGUAUCUUGGGAAACUCCCCCUGUGGAAGGAAGAAAUGGAAUCAUCCAGGGCUACAAGGUGUCUCACCAGCCAGCAGAAGAAUGGUAUGAGUCUAAUGAACAUGAUACAGAAGUUGUAACAGACUCAUUCAAGACUGCUCUUCAGAGCCUUCAGAAAUACACAAAUUACAGCAUUUCUGUACUAGCCUUUACCAACAGUGGAGAUGGAGUGAAAAGUCCACCAGUUUACUGUCGCACAGAAGAAGAUGUUCCAUCUGCACCAGCUGAUAUUAAGGCAGUGGUGAGCUCAUCAAAUAAGAUCCUUGUCUCUUGGUUGCCUCCACAGCGACGCAAUGGAAAACUUACUGGCUACACAUUUUACAUGGGGAUUAUAGAAGAUGGCAAAGAGGAAGGAACCCACAAACGAAUUCUAAAUCCUCAGAACGAAGUCCAUGAAACGGAUAAACUAAAGGAAGGUGCCACAUAUCAGUUUUGGGUAACAGCAUCAACUGCAGUUGGUGAAGGUGAAAGUACUAGAGUUGUAACAAUAACACCAUCUAACAAGGUCCCAGCACGGAUAGUUUCAUUCAGUCGUACAAUUAUCACUCCUUGGAAGCAAGAUAUAAAUCUUCCAUGUAGGAAAGUUGGUGCUCCUACUCCUCAGUUUACGUGGCGUGUGUAUGACAAAGUAUUAGAACCAAAUGGAAGGAAGCAGGUAAACAAGAAUGGUUCCCUUGUAAUAAAAGAUAUUCAGCGCACUGAUGAAGGGAAUUAUACAUGCUCAGUGGAGAACCAGCAUGGGAAAGAUGAAAUUGUUUACUCAGUUCAUGUGAGAGUUCCACCUGAUCCUCCAUCAUUGUCAGUGAUAGCAUCUUAUGCUGAUAGCCUCCAGCUGCAAUGGACUGAUAACCACAACGGUGGAAGCCCAAUAUUAGGCUAUGUGAUUAACUAUAAAAGGGACCAUGGUGACUGGGAGGAGUUGCAUAUUGAAUCAAGAGCAAAUUCCCACUUGCUACAAAAUUUGUGGUGUGGUACACGAUAUCAGCUCUACAUAACAGCCUACAACAAGAUAGGUACAGGUCUUCCAUGUGAUAUUGUGAAUGCAUACACAAAAGGAACAGUUCCGGUGAAACCUAAACAGAGCCAGUUGCUGACUGUGAAUUCAACAGUUGUGACCAUUUGGUUGGAUUCCUGGGGUGAUGGUGGCUGUGCAAUACUCUAUUUCAUUAUUGAAUACCAUGAUACUGAACGGUCCCGAGACUGGACAUUAGUGUCAAACAAUGUGCUUCCAACAGAACGAGUUUACAGUGUUUUGGAUCUUACACCUGCAACAAAGUAUAGGCUUCGAGUUACAGCUCACAACAAUGCAGGCUCAACAAUAGCUUAUUACAACUUCACUACACUUACUGUGGAAGGUGCCACAGUGAUACCAGAGAUUGCGCCCCCAGUUCUGCAUACAAGAGAAGUGCCUUUUUAUGCUAAUGUAAGUGUUAUUGUGCCAAUUGUAGUAUCCCUUAUAUUCUUACUGGGGCUUGUUGGAGUAGCAGCAUUUAUUAGAAAAAAGAAAUUACAAAAUGACAGUGCACAGAUGGGUGAGUCUCCAUCUGUGGCACAAAUGCAGAAUCAACAGAAUAGGGACCAGCAGUACCUCGCUGUCCGAGUAGGUAGUGGUCAGCAGGCACUCAGCAUAGACUCUGGGAGCUACAAGACUGAUUCGGCAGAUUACAUUGAAGAUAUAUGUCCAUAUGCAACUUUCCAGCUGGCAAAGCCACCAUACAGUGAAAGCACUUACAGUGGAAAUGUGUACAGUGGUCCAUACCAUUCUGUCCGGGGAUCUUUUGUGUAUCAUGAUCCAAAGCUGUCAGGAGCAGAAAGCUACAAAUUUAGACAUCAGAAAGAACCGGAAUACACUAAAGUGAGAAGAAAAGGUGGAAAGCUCAGGGACCCACACUCUGAAAGCCAAGAAUCAGACAACCUUGGAAGCACUGAUUCGGAGGUUAAGAAGAUUUUAACACUGCACCUGCCUAUUUCAGAGUACGAUACAUUGGGCAGUGACUCAGAAGGAGAACUUCCUGGGGGCCAAGUGGCAGCCAGUCAGGAGCUUGUUUCUUUCAGACAUAGAAUGGCAAGAGAAGUGGGGAAGUCUGGAAUGGAAGAAUCAAGCUCCUCAUCAGAGACAUCUCCCUCAGGAGCUAGAAAACCGUUUCCAUCUCGAAAAUCAAAAAGUAAAGGCCAGGUUCUUGGAAAAAGACAAGUUCGCAGCAGUAGUGGAUAUUCUAGCCACACAGAAGAAACUACAUUCAGUUUCAGUGAUCGAAUACAUCCCCCUUCGAGAUUUUCUGAUUCUCAUUCCCAUGAGUUGAGUGAAGCGGAAUGUGACAUGAGUAAGCUGGGCAGAAAAUCUGGCCGUAGUGGUGCAAGCACCAGACUUAGUAGGGAAACAUCCUUCCAGAUAGAUGUCUAGCUGUUUACUGUGCCUUGCACACAUUGCUCUUCUGCAAAAUGUGUCCAUGUCUGUCAGUCGAGGCAACUUUUGAAAAGCAGUGGCUUCCAUGGCAUAUACAUAAUUUUUAUAAGCAAACUGAGUGCGUGUGUAUGUGCUAAAACCCUGAUAGUUCAAAGUAGUUGAACAGAAAUACAAAUAUGUCUUUCAUUUUAUAUAAGUGAACACCUGGUGAAUUAUCACAAACUAUUGGUGAUCAUGCGACUGUUUUGACUAAAAUGAACACUGUGAGAUGUGAAUAAUUAUAAUAAUAAUAAAAACUCAGGACACACCAAAUCGAUAUCAUCGUGCCUCAUGUGGCAACUCCAUGUAACUUUUAGUCCUUCACCCAUAAGCAAAUGUCUGUUGUAUUUUUUAUUGUCUGCUGGUAUACCUAUGAAAUUUACACAGGAAACAUUGAGCUAUCAGUUUGAGUCGACUCAUACACCUGCAAUAUUCAUGGUUAUUCACACCUAUCCAAAUGUAUUCAGUUAUAAUGCAUCAAUACCCAUAUAUGUUCACUGCCAUAUGAAUGUUCAAAUGUUGUUGUUUAUAAUGAAGAUCUUCGGUUUGAAUGGGAUUUGUUAUGUGACUUUUUGGUGAAAAAUAUUUUAAUACCUAGCGUAAAAUGUUGAAUGGUAUCCCAAUCUUCCAAUCUGAAUGCUUCUAUAUACUGCCAGAAAGGCAGUCUCAUCACUCCAUUACUGCAGAGACUGGGUAUUAUGUGACUAGAUAUUAAAAUACUGAGUUGUGAUACUUAUGAGAUGAAAUGUAUGUAUGUAAUGUAUGUAUGUAUGUUUGUUGCAUUGAGUUUUGAGACAUGUAAGAUGAAGUGUAUGUAUAUUUGUUGAUAUUUAAGUAAAAUUUUAAAUAUAAUGACUGUUUAUAUGAUUAUUAAAUGUUAUAUUGUAUUUUGCAUGUUGCAAAUUUUUGGUAACACA